AUGGCGAUCCUCGAGAUUUUCAAGUCGCAGAAUCUUGACUUUUCAAGCAGUUUUCUAGACUGGAGGCUUCUUUUCCUUGCCUCUAUACCGAUUAGUUUGAUUUACUACUUUUUCGGAAGGACAAAAUCCGAUGGCAUCGACAUAAGCAGAUACUCGCAUAUACCGCAGCCAGCAACGGCUGAUCCGCAGAGAGGGCAUUGGGCAUGGCUCGAGCAGAUUGCGGUGGCGGGUGACGUGCGACGCGCUUUCGAUGAAAUGCUUUAUGAGCAAUGUAUCAAAAUGGACUUCCCUCCCGUGCUUCUUGUUGAUAUGCGUCCUGUGGAGAAGUUCUUGCUUCUGCUCAUCUUCGACAACGACAUCGCCGAGCAGGUCACUAAAGCAUCGAAGCAGUUCUCAACCAGUAUGCCCAAACAUCCUAGUAUCCAAGGUCUAGCUCCUUUGGUCGGUGCUAGAUCUCUUGUCACGACAGAUGGCGACGAAUGGAAGGCCUUGAGAAAGAGGAUCCUGCCCGGUAUGGCUCCGACUCACCUCCUCAGCCUUGUUGGCGCUAUUCUAGACAAGACGGAAACGUUUAUCGAGCUCAUGGAGGAGAAGGCCAAAACCGGCGAAGAGAUCCGUCUGGAAGAAUACACUACCAACCUCGUCUUCGACAUCAUCGGCAUCGUAACUUUCAACAUGGAUCUAAACGCCCAGAUCGAGGGAAAGCAGAGUGACGUCCUGCUGACAUACCGAGCAUUGUCGCAGGUCUUCAACAAGCGUCCGUUCGGAGCAGUCUGGUGGAAGGAAUACUUUACCAAGAACGAGUUCGAGAUCAGACGCCUCGACAAAAAGCUCGACGGCAUUCUGAAGGAAGAGAUCAAGAAACAGCACAAGGCGCUACUCGCUGGCGCGGAUACUACGGACAGGAGUGUGGCCACACUCAGUCUUCACGGCAUCGACAAGCUCACGCCCGAGAUCCUGCAGCAAACCAGCGACACGCUCCGUGGCUUCCUGUUCGCUGGACACGACACAACAAGUAUUUUACUACAGUGGUGUUUCUACGAACUACACAGACGCCCAGCUUCCGCGAAGGACCUCAAGGAUGAGCUUGAUGAAGUGUUCGGGCUGGACGCGAGCCCUACAUCUGUCGUUGAACAGCUCAGAGGUCCCGACGCAGGAAAGCUUCUCGCACGCCUGCCUUACACAGAUGCCGUAAUCAAAGAAGCUUUGCGUCUGCAUCCACCGGGUACCACAGCGCGCAUGACGCCAAAGGGAUCCGGAAGCAGCAUCACGCUUCCUGACGGACAACGAUUAGUUAUCGAUGGCCUGUGUGUUACUCCGCGCGCAUACGUCAUCCAGCGACACCCCAAGAUCUUCGGAGAGACUAGAGAUGACUUUAUGCCUGAGAGAUGGCUCGGCGAAGCGGGUGCCAAGAUCCCGGAUAGCGCGUUCAGACCUUACGAGCGUGGUCCGAGGAGAUGCACUGGGUCUGAGCUGGCAAACCUGGAGGUGCGCAUCAUUCUGGCUGCUGUGGCUAGACGCUUUGAGUUUGUCAAGGUCGGCCAAGGUGAACUGGAUCUGGAUGAGAAGGGGUUGCCUCAGCUCGACGAGAAGGGCUACUACAAGACGAAGUCUACCAUGUUCUCUACGUAUCUCGUCACAUGCAAGCCGGUAGAUGGUAUGCAGUCGAAGGUCAAGAUUAAGGGGAGAGACACAAAGAAAGGAUAG